GGCCCCACAAAGAUGAAGGAGCUGCUGCCUUUCUUGAGUCUCUUCUUGCAGAUCCAGGGACCGCGGAUCGGGACUGGCGCCUCUGAGCUGGACCCCAAUGGGAAGCAUGUCUGCCGGUCGGACAGCCACACCCAAGUCCUCACCUGCUGCCCUGGCUGGAAGCAAGAAGGCCGAGAAUGCCCAGUUGCUUUAUGUGAAGGGGCUGUGGCUUGCCAAGAAGACGAGGUGUGUGUGCGACCCGGUCUUUGCCGCUGCAAACCUGGCUUCUUUGGGGCCAACUGUAAUACACGUUGUCCUGAUGAAUACUGGGGACCCGACUGCAAAGAGAGCUGCCUGUGCUAUCCCUACGGGAAGUGUGACCCAGCCAGCGGAGAAUGCACCUGUCACCCUGGCCACUGGGGGCCUCUCUGCCAGUUUGCCUGCCAGUGUGGGCCCAACGGCCACUGCAACCCCCUCACGGGAGCCUGCCGCUGCAAGCAAGGCUGGUGGGCGCCGGACUGCAAGAGGCAGUGCCAAUGCAACUUGGGCGGUUCUCGCUGCGAUCCAGCUACCGGGCGCUGCCUCUGCGACCCAGGGUGGUGGGGCAGGAAGUGCUCUUCGACCUGCCACUGCAACCGCUCGCCCUGUGCCCAGGAGUCUGGCCGUUGUGAGUGCAGGGCAGGGACGUGGGGGGCCACCUGCCAGCACCAGUGCCAAUGCCUGCAUGGGACCUGCAGCCCCCAAGACGGACAGUGCAUCUGUGAUGCCGGCUACCAGGGCCACAGGUGUACGGACCCCUGUCCUGCCGGAACCUUUGGGCCGCAGUGCAGAUACAGGUGUGGCCACUGCAAACAGAAGCAGCCCUGCUCUCCGGUAGAUGGUUUCUGCCUGGCCUGUGACGCUGGCUGGAACGGGACCCACUGCAGUCAGCCGUGCCCGCGAGGGCUCUAUGGGGAAAACUGUGCCCAGCUCUGCCCCCGCUGCUACCAAGGGGAAACGUGUCACCCACAAACAGGGGAAUGCCGGAGCUGUGAACCAGGCCUCCGAGGCGCCAGGUGUGACCUGCCCUGUCCCCCUGGCUUGUUCGGGAAGGGCUGCCUCUUUGUCUGUCCGAGCUGCUUCAACGGGAGCUGUGAUCCAGUCUCAGGGACCUGUGUGUGCCAGGCUGGCUACUGGGGCAUUAGCUGCAACGAGACCUGCUCGGAAGGGCUUUAUGGGUCUAACUGCUCUGAGACGUGCCAGUGUUCAGGGAACCCGUGCCACCCGUCUUCUGGGGAGUGUCGGUGGGGAGGCAAGAGUCAAGAGCUCCUUCUAGCGGGCAUUCUGGCCCCACUGGUGGUGGUCGUGUUGCUGGUCUGCGUUUGCUGCUGCUUCUGCUGCCAGUCAGCUCCAGUGGCCACCCGGGACAGGGUGCCAGCUCCUGAUGGUGCCCCAGUCUUCCAGGUGAAGCACCAUAUGCAGGGGGCGCUAGCCAACUUCCACUCCACCUUCCCCUGCUUCUCCUUGAGGGACUACAAGCUUCCACGGGUGACAGUCUCCCACCAUGAUGCUGAGAUCCCCUUCACCCCCAGCUUCCUUGAAUCCCCCUCCGCUGCGUGGCCCGUGGACAGCUCUUUCUCUGAUAUGGACACGGACGAGGAUUACGUCCCAGCCUGCCACCUCCCUCCCAGUAAAGCUCCAGAUCCCGAGCCACAGCCGGGCCUUCUCCCUGAGGCGUCGGCCCUGAAUCUGGAGCCCUUUGCCAUCCCUCGCACAUCCAGCAUUGCCAAGGCCAAGAGACCCUCCGUGUCCUUUGCCGAAGGAACCUGCUUCGGCCCCCAGAGUCCCAGGGGCUCCACCGAAGCCAUCCACUUUGCACAGAAACCAAAGGUGGCACAGGGCUUCUCCCAAGUUGCCUUGUUCCACCAGCCUGCCCUGGGCCGUGAAGAGGACGAUUCGCCAGAGAGCUGUUACGAGAACUUGGAGGCUGGCUCGUGGGUGGAGGACGGUCACCAGCCCUCUCCACGGAGCACCACGGGUGGCCACAGAAAACGAACCUCCGGUUCCCGGAGCGUGGCACAGCGAGUGGAAGCUCUGGAGGCAGCGUUGUCCGCUCAGGGCAAAGAGCCGAGCAUCACCACCAUUUAUGUGACGGUGGGCAAAGGGGAAGGGCCAAGCCAAGCCCCGGAGAAACAGCCAGGGAGCCUGCAGAGGGAGGGGCCCAAGCUUGGGAGGAGCGUUGAGGGUCUCCAGUUGCCCCCCAAGAAGAAUCCAGACUCAGACAAAGGUGCUAGGGGGCAACCAUCCCAAGGCAAGCCAGACCUGGAAUCCACGUCCACCAAGGCUGAGGCCCAAGGCCUUCUGGGAUGUCUGCCAACUCCUCCUUGCAAGGAAGCUGAACAGAAUCAGUGUCAUAGCCAAAGCCAUAGCCGGCCAGAGAUGGAGACUGGAGGAGACACCUCCAAGGUGGAGUCCCAGGAACCAAAGUACGAGAACGUCUCUGGGUUGGUCCAGCGUCCCGUAGCUACCUAAAGACUUCGUCUCAAGGACAGCUUUGGAGAAGCCGAGGUGGCCUGGGGAGCAACCUGAGCUGCAAGCUGGACGUACUGGCAGCUAGAUUGCCCCGGAGGAGCACAGACUUCUUUUUUACCCUCUUGCACCUUCUCCUUUAGCCCUGAUGAGACACAACCCUUCAAGAGCACCCAAGUGGGCAAAAUGGACCCAUGGAGCUGAAUGCUAAGGCCAGCUGUGACAACUUUGAUGCAGACCCCUUCUUGUGCUUCAGAAAUGGAGACAAGACAAUGGCAGGAGAGGCUGAAGGA